CACUUCCAUAUGCUCGGUGUAAUGUUUAGUCCAGAGAGAAAAACAAUGGAAGUCCGAGAGAUCGAGAAGUAGAGAAAGUGAGAGAUGCAUCGCCAACGAAAAAAAUUAGCAAGACUUCUCUGUUGCUCUAAUCAACAAAAACAAAUUACUAGAUCUAAUAAAAUCACCAACAGAUCAGAUUCCGAAGAAGACGAUUCAGCUGGUCUCGCUCCCAUUAACUCACUUCAUCGAAAGAUUCUUUACCCUCUUAACACAUUACUUCUUUCUCAAUCGUCUAAUUUCCCUAUUUCAAGGUUUCUCUCUGUUUCUCUUCGACAGGUUAGGAUGUAGUUAACUAUCAAAAUCCAAUCAGAUUUUAGUCAAUUCAAAUUUGUAUUCAAUCAAAAUUCGCUUGUGGGGAUUUUUCUUUUAUUGUAUUCAAUCAAAAUUUGUAUCUAAACUGAUAAUCUGGUAAUGUUCUACAUGUGGUGAGUGUUGCGUUGAAAUUUGAAUUUUAGGUCAUAUUCAGAUGGGCGAUUUGUUGCUAUUGCAUUGGGGGAUUAUGUGUUGUGUAACGUCCAAUCCCUUCGGCAAGGAAUAGAAGAUAAAAUCAUCACGUCCAAUUAGUGGCUUAUUCUCUUCUUUUCUUGUUCUCGGCAGAUGGAUUAGCAACGGCAUCAAUGGGAACUCUACAAAACCAUCUUCUCCGCCUCAUCAAUCGUCUGUUGGUGGAAAAAGGACGGAUUAUCGAAAGCAUUAACUAUAGCUGAAGGAACGACUGUUUCUGAUGCUUGCCGAAGGAUUGUUGCUGGAAGAGUUGAUGCAGUGCUUCUUACUGAUGCAAAUACUUUACUCUCUGGAAUCGUUACUUACAAGAACUAUUGUUGAAGGGUUAAGACGAGAACAGACGAUAGUUUCAGGUAAACUAAAUGGUAAAGGGAAGCAGGCAAAACCCCCAUCCAACCGUAGUCCCAAGAUGUCCAAAAGGAGUACUGCCAAUUUUAAUCAAGGGAUAAUGGCACCAGGUGGAGUUAGACCCCCUCGCACAUCACACGCAGCCUCUCAGUUGUCACGCACUGAUCUGCCAAAGAUUAACAAAGGAGGAAGAGGGGAUGCUCUUAAUGCAAAGCUUAAUGAUCACAUAAGGAAAAAGAAAGAAAAGCCUACAAUAACGAUCAAACCAGGUAAUAAGAUUCCAACUGGGGAUUGGGACACUGAAUUCCAAACUGAAAUAGGAAUCAUCGUCAAAAAGUUUGCACCGUGGUCGACUCGCCCCAAAUGGAAGUCAAUUGGAAAAUCAGAUCUGAAGAAAUUUCAUGAUCUCAUAUUGGAAAAAUUCACUAUUGAUCUACAUGUAGUACGCAUUCAGAAGGCGGUCAACACAAUGCUAGCAAAUGAGUACAGACAGUUCAGAUGCACACUUCACAAACACUACCUGCAGUACAAACAAGAUGGAACAGAACGGGAAAACCCGCAUCAUCAGGUUAAGCAGGAGGAUUGGGAGAAACUUUGCACUUGGUUUGAGUCUGAUGAGUUUCAGACAAGUAGCACUCAAGGUAAAAAAAGUCGACAAGCGAAUACAACCAUUCAUUGUACAGGGUCAAAACCUUUUGCCCGCUAUAGAGAGGAAAUGUGUGAUCCAGAAACAGGUGAAGUUGUUGAACAAAUUGAAUUCUACAAGUUAACCCACUGCAAAAAUGAUGUUUGGACGUGUCAUACAGCGGAGGAAAACUAUGGUAAAAUGCUUGAACUCCGAGAUGCGCCUACACCUGAAGGUUCAACACCCUUGACCGAUGCUCAAAUAUGUGAGGAAGUGCUAGGUGUAAGAUCCGGAUAUGUCAAGGGUCUUGGUCAUGGGUAUGAAAAACCUAGCUCGUCUAGCAUCGAAUAUAAUGCGGAGUUAGGUGAAGCUCUUAGGAGGGUAGAUGACGCAGAGAAGAGAAAUAAGGAACUUGAAGAAAUAGUUGAUGAUCAAAAUCGCACAAUACAGGGGCUGGUAACUGACACAAUGGAUAUAAGAAGAAUGUUGCUUGAAAUGCAGGGAAACCGUCAAAGCACUCCUGAGAACAGUCAAAGCACUCCUGAGAACAGUCAAAGCACUCCUGAGAACAGUCAAAGUACUCCUGAGAACCGUCAAACCACCUCUUGAGAUGAUUGUCGAGGGACCAACAGUUGAGAUCUGCAUCUCUGUUUCUUUUUUUAGCUUUAUGUUUCAACAAGUGGUAUCGUUUUUUCUUCACUUUAGAAUUAGCUUUAUGUUUCUCUUUUGAAAUUUGUAGUGGUAUCGUUUCUUUUCUUCAGUUUAGAAUGUUAAGUUUCUUAAUUAGUGGUGUCAUUUAAUGAACAAUGUAGAUCUUUUCUAUUAAUGAUUUGCUUCUUUUCGAAAA